UCAAGUUAUCGUGUUUAAACACACACACACACACACACACACACAGACAUACGGACAAGAUUGUAAAAUUAUGUUUUUCCGAUUUCAAGUCUUUUACUAUAUUUCGUAUAUACGAGAAAGUAAAAAAGUAUUUCGCUUUACCGUCUCCUUUGUCGCUUGAUUGGAAACAAGAUAUUCGAAGUACAUUAGAUGGGCUUACCCAGCUUAGUAAAGAAUGUGAAAAGAAAGUUCGUUCACUGUGUUGGUGCUAAGUAUAGUUUUCUUGGAACAAGAUUUAUUGUUUUCUUUUCUAACCCGUCUCCAACAGAGUUGCCAGUUACUUUACCAUACACGGUAGGCCUAGCGUAGAAAACAAUUGUAACGUAUGCAGUAGUAGUGUGCUAUGUGCUAAACUAAUUGUGACGUGAACGUCUUUUGUCAUUGUCAAAGCAUACACUACAAAGCGUAUUACGGAGAAGGGCCCCUAUUUCCUUGGGCCCCUAUGCCUUGCUUACGCUAGCUUUACGGUAGCUACGCCACUGAUUAGGAGCCAUCUCUAAGCGCGUAGGUCUCAAGAUCAACAAAGUAAAGACAGAAGUGAUGAGAAUUAACAAUAACCACGAGGCCCAAGUGACAAUAGACGGAAGACGGAGUUCUGUCUUUACAAACUGAUGAUUCUAAACAAAAAGUUUAUCACUCAUAAAAAUUAAAAAGAAAUCGAUCGAUUAUCAUGUCGUUAUUACCAACCCUUGGUGAUGUACAACCUAACCACCUUACGGAGAAGUCCAAAAAAUCAGACUGGGCAGCAUUGAAAAAAACGGCUUUUGUAUGUGAACUUGACAUGUUUAAAUUUAUAUUGGAAUUUAAAAACGAAAUUGACAACACCGACAAUUAUGUGUUAACGCCGCUUAUGCAGGCAUCAUACAGAGGCCAAAUUGACCAGAUUAAAAUUCUUCUUGAUCAGGGCUCUGACUGCAAUGCCUUAACAAGCAAUGGACUCAAUGCGAUAAUGAUGGCGACAUUUAACAAUCACUAUUAUGUUGUUGAUUUGUUAAUACGCCGAAAAACAAAUUAUAAUUUCAUUAACUCAGAUGGCAUCAGCGCUUUAAUGCUAGCUUCUGCUAUGGGACAUGCUAAAACAGUCGAAGUUCUACUAGGAUACGAGGUUGACGUAAAUGUAAAAUGUAAAAGCGGACUAACUGCAUUAAUGUUGGCUGCUUUAGGUGGAUUUGAGGAUGUUGUGGAUUUGUUAAUUAAACAUAAUGCUGACUGCAACAUGGUAAAUGACAUUAAUAAAAGCUGUCUUAUCAUCGCUGCAGAAAAUAGAAAUGUUCGCAUUGUGAAAUCACUCUUAGAUAACCAAGCUGAUUACACUAUUGUAGAUGAAAAUGGAUACAACGCAUUAAUUUAUGCGGCACAAAAUGGAUUCUCUGACAUUGUCCAAGCACUAAUAAGUAAAGGCGCUAGUAUUAACACAACAAAUAAUAAAGGAGAAAAUGCUUUUGUGUUGGCAGUUAAGGCUGGACACGCCGAAGUUGUUGAGCUAUUAAUUAAACAGGGUGCUGAUUAUGACGGAGGUAUUCCAAUGCCAUCUUUUAGCCAUUCGAGAAAUUUAGAGCUGCAAGAGCUGGCUUUUGGGCGAAUAUUAGAUUUGGUGGCCGAUGCUGUUUAUCGUGAACCAAUGUCAGUUGUUAAGAUUCUAAAACAAGUUGAAGAAUUGAAACAUUUUCUUAAAAAUGCAGAAACAGAUGCAACAUUUGACAAAGAUACUUCCAUAAAAAUUCCAGCAUUAAUAUUGGCAACACAAUUGGAUUUUACAGAAGUUGUAAAAGUUUUAUUAUUACCAAAAAUUGAUGUAAAUGUUAAAGACGAAGACGGGAAUACUAGUUUAAUGAUUGCUUGCUUUUACGGGAAUUCUGAAAUUGCCAAGCUGUUGAUUACCGCGCUUAGCAAUGUAAAUUUGAAAAACGAAAUGGAUUUCACUGCUUUACAUAUGGCUGUUGAGAAUGGCAUGACAGAGAUUGUUGAAAUGCUGAUAGAGAAAAAAUGUGAUUUGGAAGCUAAAGCCAAACAUGGAGUAAAUGCUUUACUUCUCGCUUGUUUCUUUGGGCACGACAACAUAGUUGAGCUUUUGUUAAGAAAUGAUGUUAACUGUAACUGUGUUCUUAACAAUGGCGUAAGUCCUCUCAUGUUAGCGUCGAAUCGGGGUUUUAGUAACAUUGUUACACAGUUACUUGAAAAAGGCGCAAAGAUUGAUUUGUUUGAAAUCAAACAACGCCUAACCGCCUUGACGUUAGCUUCUAUUGAUGGACACACAGAAAUCGUUGAGAAAAUUUGUCAGUCAAAAAAAUUCAAAGAGAGUAUAAUGAAUUUUCAGGACAGUAACGGAUAUACAGCAUUAAUGGACGCUUCGUAUAAUGGUCGAGUUGACACGGUAGCUUUUCUUUUGAGUAUGUCAGCUGACUGUAAUGUUUCAUCAAAAUCUGAAGGAACGGCCUUACAUUUAGCUGCUGGAAAGGGGUCACAUGAAAUAACAAAAAUGUUGCUGGAACAUAAUUGCCCCGUCAAUAAAUGUGACAACUAUGGAAACACUGCUCUGAUGAUCGCUUCACAGCUCGGUCGUGUUGAGGUUGUACGUGAAAUACUCAAAUACAAGCCUGAAAUAAAUACAGUGAAUACUGAAGAUCACACCGCUUUAGGCCUUGCCACCGCACAUAACCAUCUCGAUGUGGUAAAGCUGUUAGUUCAAAAUGGGGCAGAGGUCGACAAAAUUAAUAAACACCGCUAUAGUGCUUUGUCAAUAGCAGUCAUGAAAAGUCAUCUAGAAAUAGCCAAGUAUUUAAUAAAAAAUAGAGCAAAAUGUGAAUUAUCUCUGUUAUUUGCUAUAGAGAAAGAGAGUUCAGAAAUAGUAGAGAUGUUACUAAAUUCAGACAAAAUCCAAAAUUAUAGUCGAAAUAACUCAUUGUUUUCAUAUCUAUUGCUUGUGGCAGCUAAAAAAGACACAUUUAUAAUUUUGCAAGCAAUUUUAAAGAGAUCUGUUGCAAAACGACCAAAUGAAAAAUAUCUUAAAAAAGGUUCUAGAAAUUCUAAAGCUAAGGCAAACCGAUUAGCUUUCUUAAUACCACCUGCAGACAUUUUACCAAUAGACAAGACACCAAUGUAUAAUGCUGUAAGUCCAUCACAAUCUGAUCAGCCUAAACACAUAGAAAUAAUGUCAUUGAACUUUGAAAAAAAUAAGGUGUCAUUAAUGAUUGACAUAAUAUCUUGCAAAUGUAAUUUGUUAUUUAAUGAAAAUCAAAUGAGCACGUUAUUUUAUUUAGCUGAUAAUAUGCACUUUGUUGUGUUGGAGCAAAGUUUCUAUCACAAUCUCCUCGAAAAGAGGAACUUUUGUUUUUGGAUUUACCUUUAUUUUGCCAUUGAAAGCGAAUAUAGUUUUGAGACGAUAAGAACCCGUAUAAUAAAAUAUGAUGAAAAACUACCACAUUGCUCAACUUCCACAAUCAAUCCAAAAAUUUUGAGCUAUGAAAAGAUUAAAGGGUCAUUGAUCUGUCUUCGCAGUUUAAAAAGUGCAAAGACUGACACGAAAUCGAACUCACCAUCACCAGAAGAAAUACAAAAUUAUAUUUCAACUGUCAUGGAUGAAUAUGCCGCGAUGAAAACAUUUGAACCUUUUCAGUUCUAUGUGCAUCAGAAAUGUUUACAUGUGAUUGCAACAUUUCUAACCGCAGACUCAGCUGCUAAUAUUGUUGAUUCUACUUUAAAAUCAUAUACAGAACUAACUGUACUGCAUCUUCAAGAACACAAACUACUCGAUAUUUUCGCAGAAAAUUCUUCGCUGCCGAUUAUCCAUAAUACUUUACAAGCAAUCCUGCAGCUUGUAGUAUUAAGUAAAGAUGCAGCAAUGAGUUUCGCAGAGAAUGGACUGGUUACUCUUCUAUUAAAACAAUAUAGAACAAAUACACGCAGUACUAAAAAUAGACCCACUAAUUUUGAGUUUAAGGUGACAGAACAUUUUAUACAAUUAAUUUUAGAAAUAUUGCGGAACACAUCACAUUACGACGAGAAUAAACAAUAUUUUAUUAAAUGCCAGAGUCUUGAGAUUUUAAGAAAGCGUUUUCCGACAUCAAAUUUCAAGAAAGAAAUAAUUAUGAUAAUUUCGUUGAUUAGUAAUCAAGCAAGCGAUCUUCCAGACUUAAGCGAUAGCGACAUCACAACUCUUCUAAGUACUUCGGAAAAUACUCUGACUGUGGACAAUUUGGCAGCCGAUUGGCUCCGAAGUUUGCGAUUAGUGGCAGAAAAGUAUGAAUCGUCAAAGCCAAUGUUUGUCGGCCUGUUUUCGAUUUUUACGGAAACGUUUCUGGAAGGCACUCUGGGUUUGCAAGAGCUUGUAAUAAGCCUUUUAAAAGUUAUUUCCACAAAUGAUGAAGCAAGCCAGGCAAUAGCGCAGGACCAAGAUCUACUCAAAGGCGUAAACUUGUUUCUAUCAAGUAACACACAGACUGGUAGUGACGCCAGAGUUAUAAACUGGAACACGUGUCGAGCUAGUGGAAAUGCUGCUUCUAUCCCAGGCACACCCGAUGUAUACUCACAAGAUUUUCCUCAAAAUUUUGAAAUCAAAGAUCAACUCGACAGAGGAUCAUUUGGAACUGUGUACCUUGUUACAGAUUUGGAGAAACCGGAUGAAAAAAGAUUUGUUGCAAAAAAAAUUUGGAUUAAAGAAGCAAAACAAGAUGCAAUUGGAAAUUUUUUGUCAGAGGCAGAACUUUUAUUAAAGGCAAGGCAUAAAAAUAUAAUACAGUUUCAUGGAUAUCAAAUAAAGGAUAUGUCAAUUAUUAUAUUCUUAGAAUAUAUGCCUAAGGGAACCCUAGCAACCUAUAUAAAGAAGAAAAACGGUCUAGAUGAAAAAACGACACGUAAAUUUACAAAACAGAUACUGGAAGGCUUAGAAUAUCUACAUCAAAAUAAAAUACUACAUCUAGAUAUUAAAGGCACUAACAUUUUAAUUGAGAAUAAAAAUAGCAUAAAAAUUGCUGAUUUUGGGCUUUCAAAAUUUAUUGCAAAAGAGCAUGAUCUCCAGGCCAUAAACGGUUGUGGUACACCUGGGUACACAGCACCUGAAGUGUUAGCAGGCGACUUAAAAUUAGAGUUCUAUUCCAAAGCUGACAUUUGGAGUGUUGGGUGUACGGUCGUUCAAAUGCUAACGCAAAAGCGACCAGACAAUUCCCUUCGAAAUGAGCAGCAUGUCUAUAAGCUGGCUACUCUACAAAAGCCAUCGUAUAAACUUCCGCCAAACUCGUCUGAAGAACUAAAAGAAUUUUUGGAUAAAACUUUCAUCAUGGAUCCUCAAGAGAGACCUUCAGCUAAGCAAUUACUGCAGUCUGAUCGUUUUCUGCUUGGCCCAGCUUCUAUAUCUGAUUAAAAUUAUUUGAAAAAACAGCAUAAAUCAUUAAUAACAAGUAUAUUUUACGAUAUAUUAGAAUCAUAGCUAAAAUACGUGUUUACAAUAUAAAAGAAAGAAAAGACACGACAUAAAUUAUUAUUUAAAAUUAAGUAAGACGUUGAGUUUAGCUGAAUAUAAAGGAUUUAUUUUUAUUAAUUUGUUACCACUUGUUACACUGUGUACAGGCAACAUGUCAGUUAUAUGUAGAAACGAUAAGCGGAAUGAUUAGUUUUCCUGUUAUUUAUUUUGUAAAUGUCCUAUUUUCUUAAACAAAUAUUAUUGUAAUAAGGUAAGCUCUUUUAAUUGAAAUACACAGAAAUAUUUAAAAGUUUUAAUUUUAUCGUAGUUUUACAUGGGUGACUCUUUUUUUUGUUUUUCUUUUAAAAAUAUUUUAUAUAUUAUAUAAUAUAACAUAUUGCUUUUAAAAAAUGCAAUGAAAAAUUAACUUUUUCUUUAGAGUAUAGAUUUGUUCAUUUUAAGAUGCAUUCAAAUAAUAAUCUUUUGGCAUUUCACAUAAUGAAUUAAUUUUAACUAAUUUAUUUUUAAUGGUUUUACUGUACAAUGUUUUUUUAUAUCAAUAAAUAUUAAAUGUUAGCACAUACUUCUCAGAUGCAUGCGGCAGUGUGGUCUAGCGGUACUGCGCUAUUUUACUUAUGCUAUUCUAUUUGUACUCGAGUUCGAAUCAGGGUUCAAAUCAGUAAAAAAUAACUAAAUCCACCCUCCACCUGAUGGGUACCUCAUGUUAUUUUAAAGGCUUCUGGGCAUAUUGCCUACGAUACUAUCCUUUCCUAUACCUUUUCUCUACAAAAGGUAAUUGCAGCUUCACUACAGUGGGACUCAUAAUUGUCCAAAAUCAUCAACACUGGACUUUCUUUUGACGGCUUCGCAUGUAGGGCAAAAUGCUGAAGAAAUGUAAUGAAGUUCUCAGACGUCACCCAUUCGGAUGCCUUUGUGUGAGAAUCGCAUCGAGUUCCUGGUUGGGCACCUAUAUUCCAGUGAUCUUGAACAUUGACUCGGGGGAAGAUCAGGAAUAGUGGCAUGCUAUUUCCGAUGGAUUUUACCGCUCCCCAUAGUGUGACGCUGCUCCCUUUCUCAUGUGACACGAUGGAGCCCAAACGUUUUUCACCAUUAUUUGCAAGUUGUCCCUGAGACGUUUGUACAAUGAAACACCCAGUUUCGUCAAUGUUCCAAAUGCAUUUUGACCGAAACUUAUGUUUCCUCAUCACUUUCUCCAGAUUAUCGAAGAACAAGUUGACGUUCGUUUUGUUGAAUGUCUGUACGCGAUUGAGUUAUUUUGCCUCCGGACUUCGAAGAGAUAGCUUGUCAUUGUGACGUUGCCUGAAUGCCUUCAGCCAAUCCUCUCCUGCAGUUUUCGCAGAGGACCAGGAUUCAGGCAUGGCAAGUUUGUUGGAGACAGCAACUUCGUAGGCUAGUUUGCGUAAUUCUCUCAGAGUUAGGCCACAGUAUAUUGAAGAGGCUUCAAUGAUGUAGUCCAGCUAAACUUGUUCUUGCUCAUCUGAGAAGAUGCGCUUCUUCUACGUACUGUAGCCAAAAGUUGCCUUCUCAAUGUUGAAGUCUGUUUUGUGCAGCUUCACAUAGCAUUGUAGGGUCUUAUAAUCAACCCCACAGUCGGAUGCAGCUUUACGGAGCGACUUUCCUUCAAAAUGGGCUGCAACUGCAAUCUCAAUGGCAUGCUUCUUAAAUAUUACUCAUGUUGUCUUGCGCUGGCAUUGUCUUGGCAUGAUUCUGUAAAGAAAAAAAGCAAGUUGAACGCCUUAGACUAAAUUCAAGGAUACAAUCUAAUCACAAAAAUUCAGUGAUUGCAUAUGCAAUGUUUGGACUAUAAAGAUUAUUAUUACCGAAUAAAUUUAUAUAUUUAUUACUACUACUACUACUUGACUUGUCUAUUAUUAUCUUAUUCACUGUAUCUAUGCUAGGUGAAUAUUAUGACAUUAAUUAUUGGAAAUUCAAGAAAGAAAAAAGAAAAAUAAUAUUUUGCAUGUUUUGUACCAAGUAGUCUUCUUUUUUAAAUGACCGGGGUGAAAAGUCACACCAAAGAAAAAGUCACAGGAAAAAAACACAGAAAAAGUCAGGUUUUGCUAGGAAAAAAAGGCACAGAAAAAAGUCCCAAAGGAAAAAAUGUAUCGGAAAAAAAUUCACAGAAAUAAAGCCACAAAAAUAAAGUCUCAAAAUCUUAAAAGAAAUAUGUUGAUUGUAUGGUUAAGAAUUGUAAAAUUUUAGGUGUUUAUUCUUGUGGGUUGUUUCUUUUUUAGUAGCAUAUUUAUACACGUAAAAUCAUUAUGGUUUAUAACUUUAAUACGUAAAACUAAUAUGAAGUAAUUUACACAGCAACCUCAACGUUAGUAACGUAUUUAGUUAAAUACGCGGUAGAAAAACUAAUUACAAAAGAAAAUGUGGCUCAUCAUUGUGUUUUGCAUAUUUGUUUUUGCCGUGGCAUAUCCUUGAUGGUCUUCUCCUCAGUCAGCCUUGUCCAUCCAUAUUGUGUGUUGUUGACGUUUUGCGACAAAGCUAGCCAUUGUACCCCGUCGGCUUUCUGUUUGAAUACCAUGCUUUGUUACGUAAUAAGCGUGAAGAAUGUGUUCAGAAAACGCGGUUGAGGUAUUGUUGUAGUUAGUUGAGGGCAGCAAGUCAGAUUAGCAACGUCUUAUGCCAUUUCAUGCUAAAUCAAAAGACACGAUGAAAACGGAAAAGGCUGGACCAUUCUAUCAGGUUUUAUUAAAUAUCAUAUGUAGUGGAAGUAAAGCCUACACACUUCUUACUAUAUAUGUUUAAGUUUGCUAUACAUAUUUCUAUACAUAUACAACCUACGUACACGACAAUACAGUAAAUUAAUCUAAGUAGAUUUGUACUCGCUAAUUAUUAACACUUAAAAGUAUUAACAAAUUCCAUGCAAAUAUAUAAUUGUGACUUUUUUCCUGUAACUUUUUUGCUACAAGUGGGAAGUUAGCGCAUGAGUUCUUAUGUUAUUAUUGAAGCCUAUCUAAGGCAGAAAAUAUUUAAUCAGGCCAUCACCUAAUAUCAUGUGAUCAGAUAAUACGCAAUGCUGUAUAAUGAUUCAAUUUCUAAAAAAAAUUCAAACAGCUUCAUCAAGCAUUGCUAAUAAUGCAAUAUUUACGCCAUUCCUUUGAACUUUUCUCCGCAUUUUUGA